AUGAACUCAUAUAUUGUACAAAGCCAAUAUCACAGAUGUGGAAGGAAAAAGGUUCAAGUCUCCUAUGACUCAAUUGCACAAAUAGGCAUGGGGGACAGAACAUGCAUCGUAGAUCUUGCAAGAAUGCUCAAUUUGGGACCAACAACAGUAUGGAGGCUCAUCAAGAGGAAAAUUAUUAAGCCACACUCAAGUCCCUUGCAUCCAGGCAUUUCAGAAGCAUACAAAAUGGCAAGGAUGAGGUGGGCACUCAGACUGAUAAUGGAUUACACUAUACCACAAGAACCAACAUAUUACAGCAUGUAUGACUUCAUUCAUAUUGAUGAGAAGUGGUUUUAUUUGACACAAAAAAAUCAGAGAGUUUAUCUUGCAAACAAUGAACCCUAUCCACACAGAAGUGCAAGUUCAAGAACCAAGAUACCAAAAUUCAUGUUCAUGGCAGCAGUAGCCAUACCAAGGUGGGGUGAAAAUGGUGAAUGUGAAUUGGAUGGUAAAAUAGGCAUAUUUCCAUUCACAAAUGCAAUUGCAGCCAAGAGGACAUCAAAAAACAUAGUAAAGGGGACCAUUGAAACAAAGCCAGUGAAGUCUGUAAAUCAAAUUGAAACAAGGGCAAUGAUGAUCAACAAGCUACUUCCAGCAAUCAAGCUAAGUGGCCACCACAUGAAGGGGAAAAGGUCAAUACAAUCACUUAUGCACAAGAAAAUGCCUAAAACUGUGGAGGACUUAAGUGGAGCAGUGUAUGAUUCUUUUAAUGAGUUGCAUCCUAAGACAUUGUCUAAUGUGUGGAUGACAUUACAGUUUGUUUCUAAUGAGAUUCUAAAACACAAAGGCAACAAUGAUUACCAACUUCCACACAACAAGAAGAAGAUUCUAGAAGAUGAAGGCAGACUGCCAUAG